AUGUCUUCCAAAAAGAAGAGCAAGUCUCGUUCAUCCCGCGCCGGCCUCCACUUCCCCGUGGGAAGAAUCCACAAGAUCCUGAGGAAAGGGAACUACGCGCCCAGGAUCGGGGCAGGAGCGCCUGUGUACUUGGCAGCGGCCCUGGAAUACUUAUCAGCUGAAAUACUGGAGCUGGCGACGGAAGUGGCCAAGGAGAACAACAAGACGAGAGUCAUCCCCCGGCACAUACUGUUCGCCAUCAGGAACGACGAGGAGCUGAACAGAAUGCUGUCCGGAGUGACCAUCUCUCAGGGCGGAGUGCUGCCCGCCAUACACGCGCAGCUGCUGCCCAAGAAGACGGCCAAGAACACGCAGCCCUCGCAGGCACAGUCAUCACAGUCACACCCUGAUAAGGGCUUUGUCAAUACAAUGUAUGCGAGCAGCUACUCGUAG